UCCCGCUCGGUCUCGCGACUGGCUUCCGGCCCAGUGCGCUGACCGUCGUCCUUUGUUCGCAUUUUCUUGGAAAACUCGGUGCAUCGGGAUCCGUGUGAUUACUAUCGGUCCUGUAGAAAUUCUUCACGUGGGUGGAUACGUGCCCGCCAAUGCCAUUAUUCAGCGCCGAUAAAGGCCGGAGACAGAGCUGUCUUGUAGACGGCCAGCUGCGUCAUUUGACCUCGCGAAGCAGGCCGAGUCAGUACUGCGCAGUGGAAUCAGUGGCGCUGAUUGUCAGACAGAACAUACGUAUCCGACCGUGCUGUGAAUGCCGUCUUCAUUUUAAUCUCGCUCACGUGCAGUAACUGCAGUUUAUUCGGGAUUACUCCUAUUUCAUUCUGUGGAUUCCGGGUUAUAAUUAGGCAGUACGCACUGGGACGAUUCGCUCUGCAGGUGUCUAUCCAAGCAUCUGGCUCAAAAAGGAGAACAGAUAACCGGCGUUUUGCGACCUUUUCUACAGAUGAUGUUGUCUUAAUGCUGUAAACGACUGGAAUUUCAUCCUGAUUUUGUGGAUAUUUAUGCGGAAUUAUUUUAUGGCUGUUGUAUGAAGGAUUUAACGACUGAGCGCUGAAUCGAGGUGAUGGCUCCAAAACGCGGUCGACCACGACGUACCACGCGGGCCCGGACGGCCAACGGCUUCCCGGCCGGACGCAGGAAGUCUCGUCGGAGUAAAACCAGUUCGGGAAGCGAACCGACGUCGGCCUUUGAAGCGUUGAUGCAGGUCAGCAGUGCGGAACUGAAACGGCUUAACACGGCCACCGCAGCUGACAACCGCAGUGAUUCGUCUUCCAAAUCCGCCGAGGAGAACCGGAAUCUCUUGUCUAGCCCCUCGGACGUCACACUUCCCUCUUGGUACGGGACGUCGACGCCCCCGUCCCGUCCGGUGAAGACCGAGCUGAUCCUGCCGCCUAAGAAGAAAAAAUACCUGCAUUACCUGGCGGAGGCGGAUGAUGAUAACAAAAUUAUUAAUGAUCCUUUUUCUCAACCGGAGUCCUACAAAAACAAGCCCCAGUGGACUGCGUUCGGCCAGGAGGCGACGCCUGCUGCGGCCGGCAGUACGUCGGAAUUGAAGUUCAACCCCACCCCGGAAACAUCAGUCACUGAUCCCGGGAAGACACUGUCGGAUGUUUUGGAAGAGCACAUUUCCCGGUUGAUCGUCCAGAAUGACCACAUUGUGGCUAAGUCUUCGCCGACAGUCAGUAAGCGGGGCAAGUCGCGGGAGACAGAGGGCAUUCGGCCCGGCAUGUCGGCCGACAGUUCUAUGGUAAAGAAUCUGCUGUCGUCCAAACUGAACCGCAAGACACUGGCCAAAGAGAUCGCCGAGCAGCGGCCGACGGCCAUGACGCCCGGUUUCAGCUAUCUGAACCCGGAGAACAGUGCCAUUAAGGAUUUGCUCAUUAAGACGUACGAGGAGAAAGGGAUGCUGGUGGGUAGCAGCAGUCAGGGCCCAGUGGAAGCGGGCCGACUGACCGCUGUCAGCGUGCGGAAGGGCGGGAUGGGAUUCCUCUACCAAGUGGCUUCUGAUCCGCGUAGCGGGACGCUGGUGGUGGCCGGCAGUGCCGAAGGCAGCUGGGCGGUGCUGCAGGGCAACGAGUGGGUGUUUGUAGAUGAACGCGGUCGGAAACGGGUGCGUCCGGAAGUGACCCUGGUCCCGGAGACAGUGGCGCACGGAUUAGCGACGACGGUGCCGCGGUCGCCCAGUGUGGAAUCGGUAGUGUCCUCCGAGUCACUGCCGUCCUCGAUCAGCCAUAAUGGAUCCUACUCCACAGGCAAUCUCCGACGCACCGUACAGACGAACGGAACAUUCCAGCCAUGUCCGGCACACGCGCCCGAAGAUAGAAAGGAGAUGCCGCCGCCGGUGCGCAACAGCGGCCCCCUUGCCAGCACGGUGAAGACACUGGGCACUUUCCACCCCGACAAGGAGCGCCGCGGCAGUGUGGUUCCGUCACUGCCUGUCUUGCCUGCUGGCCGUCCCGAUGACGGGCACGAAAAGACACUGAACGCCCUGCGUGGCCACCUCAACAAGGCCAUGGCGCACGCGCUGCCUCCGACGACCACUGUGCCGCCCGCAGAGGCAGCCUCAGUGUUGCCGCUUAAGAAAAGGAAAUCCUUCCAUGUGCCCAAGGAGGAGGAAGUGGCGGUUGCGCCGCCUGUGGAGACAGUAAUCAAAACGGAGGAACCGGUGGUCAAGAAGCCCACCGUGCAACGUUCACAGGCCAACCAUUCCGCCACUACCACGACAACGACAGUGUCAGCCGCCCCGCCGCCAGCCCGCCUGGACACAGGCGGUGUCCCGUCCAGCUCCAGUCUGGGCCAGACAGUCAAUUACGCUGGCUACGCCACGUACGUCAAUGAGAACCACGCCAGCCAUCUCAACUUUUACGCUGACCUCUCCCGUCAGUACUCUUCCAACCUAGCCUUCAACCGGAUGCUGCUGCAGCAAGGACACUCACUGGCUAGCUUUCGCUACUCUUGUGUACCCACCACCACUAUCCGGGCGGCCAGGCCUAUCCAUUUGCCCAUCGGCGAGAGGGUUUCCAUGUACCAAGACGCAUGGAGCACCAGUCCGCCUCAUGUAAACCCCAUCAUCCACGUAGAUUCAUCGGUGUACGGAAAGAAGAAGAUGGACAGUGUGUACUACUCAUCGGCGCUCAAGAAGUCGUUGCACGUCGGUCCGACCAGCGUGGAGGUGUACAACCACAAGAACCAGCUCAUCCGCCGCGGUCUCAACUCUUUCCUGCCGGCGGAGUCCCUGCGACUGACGUACCUCGAGAGACCUCCAAUGCAGGCACCGGUGCCGGAUGAACAGCCCUCCACAUCGGCCGUCCGUUACGAGCCGCGCACCGUCCCCACGCAGAUUAGCGUGGAGGAUGUGAGCGAUGAGGAGGAUAAUGGGGAGACAUGCAGCAAGUGCCGGAGAAAGUUUACUGUCCAGUCAAAGAAGAAAACGUCUAAGAAAGACAUGGUCUGUCCGCAGUGCAUCGAGAAAUCUCGAGUUGAAAAUGCUGGAAAAAAGCGCGGCAGUGUGGUACAGAUGCCGCGUCCACUGGAGGCUCCCGGCGUGACGGAAGUGGACAGUGUUAAACAAGCGGAGAAGCAGCUGGUGCAGCAGCGUAUCCAACAGAUGCUCAUGUCGCACCAGCAGCCCCCCGCGGCAGUGGCAAUCGGGUCGCCGCUUCUGCUGAUGAACCUGCCCGGUGAUGCCGGCCGUUCGCCUCCUCAGCCGCUGCCGUCGCCGGGCGAUCUGAACGCCAUGGAUCUGUCAGUGCGGCUGCGCAAGUCUCCGCCCCUAGAAACGACGCCGGCGGACUGGCGCAUGGUGGAAGGACCUCCCUUGGGCAGCAGCAAGCUGCCGUGUGCUACGUGCGGAAAGGUGUUCGCCACGGAAGGACAGCUGGUGCUGCACGGGCGCGUCCACGAUGCCGGAAAAGUAGACAAGAAGUCGCGCGGGAAACGAGAAAGGAGUGUCUCGCCCCAGGGGAAGGACGGCCAUAGCAGCAACCCUCGACCCUUCUUUUGCUCGGAAUGCAACGUCGGAUUCCGAAUUCAUGGACAUUUGCAAAAGCAUCUGCGCUCCAAGACGCACAUUACCCAGUUGGAGUGCGCCGGACGUUUGCAGUGCGGCUUCUACGCCGAACUGGAGCGACAGAAUCUGGUAGCAUCCUUGCACCAGAUGAUCGACACGGCUGACUGCGCCAAAGCCCUGGCCUCGCUACACAGCCUCUGCAAGUCCCUCCUGCCGCUGGAGGCCGCUGCCGGGGCGCCGUUAUUGGACAAGGAGUGACUGACAGCAUGAAGAGUUCUACGGAUGUUUUCUUACUUUUUUUGGCACAACUUUUUGAAUUGUUCUAAACCGAUUUCCGUUUUUUAUGGUUAUUUCUAAUUGCCCCUUCUGGGGGCUCUUUGUGUUUUUUUAAUGUUGGGAAUUCUGGUUUGGGGUGAAGAGGGUGGGGAUGUUUGUACAGAGUGUAUAUUUUGCGGGAGCGGCUGGAUGAGUCUCCGACCGGAGGAGGCGCCUGUGUUUUGUUUAAUUGCGGCUCGGAUUGCGUUUUUGUGGGGCCAAAACAUGUGUUGCCUGUUCUUUUGCAUCCAGAGGUGAUUUGCUUGUUGCGAUAAUUUGUAUUAAAGCCGGUAAUUG